GGUUGCUAGGCGAAGCGGCGGGAGCCCCGCUCGGCCCCGUGAGGCGGGCGGCAUGGCGGGGACGGCGCUGGGCCCGGGGGUGCUGCUGCUGCCGCUGCUGUGGGCGCCGGCGCUGCUGUUGGCGCUGGCGCUGCCCCGGGCGGCCAGGCGGGCGCGGUCGGCGGCGCUGGCGGCGGCGCUGGGGGCCGCGGGGGCCUCGGCCGCACUGCUACUGUGGCCCCGCGGGCAGCAGGAACCCGCCUCGAGCGGCGACCGGGAGAUCGUGGACACUUUCUUGAUCGGCCGCUUCAUUCUCCUGGCCACGAUGAGUCUGAUCUUUCUUGGGUGCUUGUUCCUGCUCCUGAUUUACCACCUUAUGGAGCCAGUGUACGCCAAACCGCUCCACAGCAGGUAGCAGCAGCUGGAGGCAGCAAGCCCUGGGAAGAGGAAAUCCUAAUUUCACGGAGAGUUGAAAUCCGUGCACUUGGCAGUAGGCUUGAUUCAGUGAAUUGAACUGAGCUGAGGUGGUUUGUUAUUAUCUACAUGAGAUGGCUUGUUAUUUUUUCAACCUUUGUUUAGUAAAACUCUCUGAGAAACCCUUGACUCAGUCUUUUUUUCUCCCGGAAUGUCACCUUUCGGUGACCGUGUCUCUGUGUGGGGUUAUGGAGAGCUGGGGACAGUCAUUUUGGCCAUUUCUCCUCUGUUGUCUCUAUAAUUGGCCCUGUCUAGGCUUCCUGCAGCAUUCCCAAGAACAAGUGUUCCGGCUGAGUGUUCUGGCUUCAUGUGAUGGGGGAACGGAAGCGUGGGAUUAUUCCCUGUUACUUGAAACUGGAGGAUCAAGGGGAGGUAUUUCCAGGCUGUCUGUAAACCUGAGGCUUUGGAGUGGGGACAGAACAAUAUGCAAAAUAAUGCCAAAAUGGGCAAAUUAAAAUUCCCCCCAGCACAAGGAUGCAGGGGGAAGCCAGGUCCUGCCUCCCUGCGCUAAACAAUCCUGCCAGCCCACAAAAAAAACCCUCUUGCCCUUCAAGGAUUGUGUGAUACCUGAGUCUCCUGUGUGUUUCAGGAGCUCAAGGUGUUAUCCUGUGGCAGGGAGCCAAAGGUUCUUGGUUGCUGCUCCUCUACAAUAGAAAACUAUUGUUCACAUUAGCACUGAAAGCAGGAAUUGACUCCAAUACCUUCCUGCUUGACGACAUAAAAUGUUUUUCAUGUUAUUCAGCAGCCACAAUGGAGUCAAAUCCCGUUUUCCCCCCUGCUUUGCCCUGCCUGAGCUACCCCUCAAUAGCCAUGGCUUAUUUCCUUGCAUGAACUCUCACAAGGCUUUUAACUUGCUUGCAGGAGGAAAGCAUUUCAGUGGCCCAGGGCAUCACGCGACCGUUUCAGAGCAGGGAAGGAGGCUUUAUCAUCCACACCGUGCCAGCGAGCGGUUCCCCCAGGUGCCCGUGGUAGCCGGGUGAGGUCAGUUCUGUUACAGCUUGUGUUUCCGAGCCCCAGAGGGAUGAAGCGGCUCAGUUUUUCACGGUCGAGCAGGCAGCAGGUAUUGCUGUGAGGUUGAAGCCAAGCACGAGACAGCACAGCAGCCCUGAGCUGCUUUCAGGGCCAAUACAGCCAAAACCCGAGGGCAAGGCACUCGGCUCUCACAGAGUUUUAUUUCUUCCUAUUUUAGAGAGUAUUUUGCUAUUUUUCAUUUUGAACUGAAGAUGGUGAACAGUAAAUGAAAGAACCAGCCCUGUCCUGCUAGCUGUCAGUCACAAAAUAUUGCUGUCGGGACACAAAAAAUGAAUAAGGCAGAGCUAGCGGGCUCAGGGAUGACACUUCCCCUGCAGAAAAUGCCCCAGCACCCAGGAGCCCUGACUUGGUCAGCUAAAACCGUGUAAGUACAUCUCAAACAAAGGCAGAGCAGAGGUGUCUCUGCUUUUUGAGUUCCAUAAAGUCUCAGUCCUUCCCUAUCCCAAAGCCUAUGUCCAAGGGAGUUGAACUAUCGUGUUAAGGAACAUGCUAAGCAUUUAUGCAACACAAGUGCAUCGGGUCUCCUGGUGAUUUCAAAGUUAUGCCUGAAACAAAAUUCAUAUUUAAUUCAUCAUCUUAAUAACAUUGAUGAACAUGAAGCUGGUCUUGCAGCUCACUCCGGCUUUGCUGUGUCUUUAUUCUGUGCUUGUGCGGAUUCAGAGAGCCUCGGUGAGGCUGCGGCACCAAAUUGUGCUGGCUGGAGACGGUGGCAUUUUGCCGGGCUUCGAAGUCCCACAGAUGAGGAAACCAUGGCAAAAGCACCUGGGGCACUAACAAAAACAACCCUAAAAGCAGAGGGGUUAAGCUUCUUCCAGUUUCACACCAUGAACUAACCCAAGAUAUUUGCUUUUUACAUCCCCUUAACCUGUUAGUGACUAAAAUCACUCACAAGGAUGACCGUGCUGGGGGUAAUACGGGGAGGGUGAAACGCUGUGCUGCAGGAGGGACGUGGGAGCUCUGGCAAGAGGAGGCCAUUUCAGCGUUUUACCCAAAAUCCUAUUAAUGAGGGAAAGAGCCUUACGUGCUCUUGUUCCCCCAAGGACAUUUCCAGCUCCAUCCUCAUCCUUCACCAUCCUCGGCAGUGGGGACCUGCUGGCUGGAUGAACACAGCAGCCCGUGCGCUCUCUGUGUAUUUAUUUAUUCUGGGCCAUUCUGCUCCUCCCCAUGCAGGGGCUUUCCAGACGGUUCCUGUUUAUUUUCGGGAAAGGAAAGACCACGUCAAGGAAUUGGUAUGAGCCGGAGCUGCUUUCCAACCAGCCCCAAAUGGUGAUGUUUUUGCUGCCGGCACCCACCCAACCUUUCAGCUUCUUUGCUCUCACAUCCAACUCUGUCUAGCGCCCCGAUUUUCUUUUUCUUCGCAAUUAAUGUGGAGCAGGAGGGCUGGCUUGGCUGAAAUCCCAGCCUCUCAGAUGCUGGUGAAGGUGUUGGGAGCUAGGGAGAUGCAGUAGCCAAGGUGCCCUGCUCUGUCCAGCUGCAAGCAAAUAAUCCCAGCUUUCCUCUUGCGGCAGAGGAAUGUUGGGCGCUCCAUGUCCCAAGGAGCCAGCCCUGCGCAGGGAAAAAGCCUGCUAAAUCCCAUCGAGAGAAACCUUGUGCCAAAAGGGAUGUUUGCACAAGAUACCACAUGUGCCAGGAGAAGGGCAGCCAGGCUGCUUUCAGGUCAGGUGGGAAAACAGCCCUUUUCCCCCCUAAAUUCCCUGCCUGGCUCGUUAGAAACAAGCAGGGAUGCUCCCACACCAGGAUGCUCAUCCCAGGCUCAGGCAAUCCCAGGACAGCUGCUUCUUCCUGCUGGAGGCCAGGCAGUGAAUGGUGCCGGAGCAGAGAUGGAGGGAGAGCAAGGAUCUGCAGGAGAAAUUCCGUGAUUUAAUGUUCUUGAAUGACAGCAAUUCCUCACGCCUUGUGCUGGGCUCUGCCAGCACUUAAUUACCCUCACUGGUAAAAGCCGGCCUCUUAUUUCCACCUUGACUUUGCUGACUUCAGCUUCCCUGCCGCUGAGCCCCGCUUUGCCUUUGGCUGCUAAUUAAAAAGCCCUUCAGCGUUCACUGGCUGCUCCUUGCAUAGGUAAUUACGGACCAUGCCCCAGCCACCUCUUCACCUUCACGGCAGCCCAGCACACCGGCCAUUUUCCUCCAUAACAUGUGUAACCCCUUCCCAGGCUGCUUCCCGGCAAAACUCGGUCGAAACAACAUCACCUGGGUGUUCUCUAUGGAAAAACACCCAGGGAUGCGCGCUAAAACGCCCACAGGAGAGUUGAGUGCUGGCAUUGGGGAAUAGGGAUGCUCCCCUCACGUGUCAUGCUCACUCCAAUUGUGUUGCCUGUGGAGGGGAGCCCUGGAGCUAUAGAAUCAUGGAAUGGUUUGGGUUGGAAGGGACCUCAAAGCCCAUUCAGCUCCACCCUCUGCCAUGCUAGGAGAGCAGGGUCCAUGGUUACCAAAGGAACUCCCAGUUUGGGGCACAAAAUGUUUUCCCACCCACAGGACAGCAGCAGACACGUGUUGGUGUUCUGCUGGCUCACCCAGCCCCCUCGCAGCAAUCCAUGGCAGCAGGAUAAGCACCAGCCCCUUCUCCAGCAGAGGACAAACAAGACGAGAUUCCCAGGAACCUGCACAGCACCAGCAAGUUUUCAAGCCCCACUGAGCAUCUUCAGUCAGCGUGGCGGGAACUGAAGGCUACCACCAUCCUUGCCAAGUUGCCUGUGCCCUGUGUGCCGAUCCAUCGCCGUGCAGGAUUUACAGGGGAGCGGCUCCAACUGGCCAGCAGGAGCUCCCACCCAGCAGGCAGCAAACGCUUAACCAGCACCACCCACCCCCAGACUCCAAACCAAGAGCCCAGCUUGAGAGGAGAAAUAAAGGCAGGUGAUUCUGCAGCAUCUCCCACUGCCUCUUCGGAGCCGGCCGUGCUAAGGAGCC